CUCAAGAAACGAAAGUAAACACGAACGCCUAAUAAAGGGAACCUCGCCCCUGCAACAGACUUCUGCAGACAUCGUCUCUGACAGUCCGCAGUGCAAACUGGAUGAUGUUGGGCAUUUUGUUGUGCGCCGCAUCGGUUUUUCUUGCCUAGGCGAUGAACUGUGUCAACCGAUUCCCAGAGUUUAUCUACCGCCACUGGAAUAACCCUGAAAUGGCCUCAGCCAGCAGUCUCCUGUGUGAAGAACAACUCCUGUGUUCAAUCUGUCUGGAUGCAUUUACUGAGCCUGUCUCUACUCCAUGUGGACACAACUACUGCAAGGCUUGUAUCACAGGGUACUGGGCCAGCAGUGGCCAGGUACAGUGUCCCCUCUGUAAGAAGAAGUUCCGCAAAAGACCACAGCUUCAGGUCAACACAGGGUUCAGAGAUAUGGUGGAGCAUUUCAACAACAUGAGGGUGAGGGGGAACAAUGACACCCUUGCCAAACCAGGAGAGGUGCCCUGUGACAUCUGCCUCGAGCCGAAGCUCAAGGCCCAGAAGACGUGCCUGGUGUGUUUGGCGUCGUACUGCCAGCUUCACCUGGAGCCUCAUCAGAGAGUCAAAAGCCUUAAGAAGCACCAGCUGAUCGACCCUGUGUCAAACCUGGAGGACAGGGUGUGUAAGAUGCACGACAAGAUGUUCGAGCUCUUCUGUCGCCAAGACCAGAUGUGUGUUUGUUUCAUGUGCUUAAAAGACAACCAUGCAACGCAUGAAGCCAUUCCACUAGAGCGUGCGUUCAAAGAGAGGAAAGUUGAGCUGGGCUAUGUGAUGUCAGAGAUAAAAAUGAUGGAAAACGCUAAAUCCAGGCGUAUUAAGGAAUUCAAAUUGUCAGUUGAACAGAGCAAGAAAGAGUUUGAGAAAGAGAUAGCAGACAUUGCUGAGGUUUUCACUGCUCUGGUGGUCUCUCUGCAAAGAAGCCAGGCUGAUUUGAUUAAAGUGAUCCAGGAGAAGCAGAAAGCAGCACAGAAGGAGGCUGAAGACUGCAUGACACAGCUGGAGCAAGAAGUCGCUGAGUCGAGGAGGAAAAGAUCCGAAAUGGAGCAACUUUUACAAACGGAGGACCACCUGCACCUCCUGCAGAGCUCCCCAUCUCUCUUCUUCCCUGCACACCCUGAGGACCUAUUCAGCCCUCUGUCUUACUCCACCUCUCCAUUGACAUCAGACCUCUACGACAUCACUCGGCAGAGUUAUGUGGGGAUGGUGAAAAAAGCGGUGGCUCAUAUGGAAAAGAAACUCCGUAAUGAGAUGGAGAUGCUUAUUCAUGAGGUCAGGUUAUCUGAUGGUUGUGAGGCCGAUGAACAGCCUGAUGCAGCGGAGAAAGUGAUGACAGAUGAGUUUGUUAAAGAAGUGUGGACUCCACCGAAGGACAAGCUGAUGAUGAUCCAGCAGUACGAUGGGGUAGACGUGACGCUGCACGACUACACAGCCCAUUCCAAACUCGUGGUGUCUGACGAUGGAAAACAACUGAGUUUUCGUGAAGGCCCACCGCCUCCGCCUCCGCUGUUCGUAAGAAGAUUUGUACGUCAACCCUUAGCCUUUGGGAAAGAGGGUUUUUCCUCAGGCAGGUUCUAUUAUGAAGUCCGGGUCAGUGGGAGUAAAGGUUGGGUAUUGGGAGUGGUCAAAGAGUACAUUAACAUGGAGACGUUUUUCUUUCCCACCCUGGGGGAGGGGCGCUGGACAUUUUGUGGAAUCUACAACCAAUUCAACAAUGAAUAUUUUGCUAAUAAUUUUAGCAAAACUCCCCUGUACCUGAGGCAAAAGCCCAAGACAGUUGGUGUGUUUGUCGAUUACGAGAAGGGAGAGGUCUCCUUCUAUGACGUGGAAGCCAGGACUCUGAUCUACUCCGACACAGGAUGUACCUUCAUGGAGACCCCACCUGCACUAAAAGCUUUUCUCUAUUCUAUGGCUGGUGCAUACUCAAGUAGCAGACCAAGGCUCUACCCUAUUUUUGGCAUCUUGGAAGAUGAAUAUGGUUAUGACAACAUGCUCGAAAUCACUCCUGUAUGCCGCACAACUUAAAGUGCCACAUACAGUGGGGGAAAUGAAUGUGUAACUUGUACUGGAAUGUUUUCUCAUUUCAGAUUUCUCAUUUCUAAUAUCAGCUAUGUAUGUUUGUUAGUAUUGGGGCACACACAUUAUUGGAAUAUAUAGUACAGUAUAUUUAUUGCAGCAGAGACCUAUUUACACAUCAGAGACAGUAGUAAUCUUUAGUAUUAGGUUCUCAGUACUUGUACUCUGCACAAUGACAACAAUAAAGUUAAAUCUAAUCUUAUCUAAUCUAAUAGUAGUAGUAGUAGUAGUAUCAUACAUUGCAGAAGGACAAUACAUCUUAUAAUACAUAUAUUUUCUAUGAUUUAAUUCUUAGCUUUGUUUUUUAACUGAUCAGAGCAGGUAAAAUCACUUACCUGACAGUUGAUGAUGAGGUUCUUUUUAAGGUAGGGAGAAAAGUAGAAGGUAGAUCAGUCAUAUACUCUAUUAGUAUAGGUUAAGAGCUUAAUCUUUAAUAAUAUUUUAUAAUUGAUUGUUUUUUAAAAUGCUAAAACAUUCACUGUUUCUAGCUUUUCAAAUGUGAAUAUUUGUUUGUUUUCUGUUUGUAUCUAUUUAUUGGACAAAAGAUACAUAAAUAUGUUAAUUUGGAGGUUAAGAAAUCAUGAUGGACAUGUUAGGUCUUCUGUCAUUUUACAGACCGAACGUUUUAUCAAGAAAACAAUCAUCAGAUUAAAUGAUAAUGAAAAUAGUAACUAGACCUAGCCCUAAGAGGUUUAACUUUGGGCUCAAGGUUAGGCUUGCAUCGCCUGUGGGGAUCCACCAAAUUUGCGGUUGACACCUACUUUCCUCACCUUGUGUUAUCAAUAAUCUUGUUCAUCAAAUUACUUCUUUGAAUUUAAGUAUGCAAUUCUGAGCAUAUAAUAUGUGUCCUUUUAUGUUUUGAUCACUGCAUGUGAAACCCACUGACUACAGGGCCUAUAUUCCACUAUUUUUUUUUUAAAUGCAAGCUUUCUUGAAGGCCAAGACAUCUGGCAUGCAAAACAUAUCUGAUAAAUGAGCUUCAAAACCAGGUGUAUUAUAUGUGUGUACUAUGCAUAUGAUAUGUAUUAUACAGUUUAAUAAAA